UUAAGCCGUCGCGGGGAUUUGACCGAUUUGACCACGUUCAGAGCGACCAAUCGCUUCUUACUUAAUAGCCGCAUUAUGUCACUUUUUGAAUGAUUCUUUUCUGCAGUUAUUUAUUCAACCUAAUAUUUCAUUAUGGAUUUGCAUACGGUGAUAAACAAGAGCGAAGAUGAGAUGACACCGGAAGAGAAAUGGAGGAUGGAACACAUAAAAUUGCACGCAGAGCAUCAAGGCCACGAGUCGAUGCAUGCGGAGAUGUUGAUUAUUCUUCUGUUUACUUUAGUGGUAGCUCAGUUGGUCUUAGUCGAGUGGAAGAAGUUACAUUUUAAGUCGUUUCAGCUUAUUACAUUAAUAGCUAUGUGGGUAAUUCCACUAGGACUGUGCGUGAGGAGCCUCUGGUGGAGGUUCAUAUUUUUCUGGCUGCUAUUUUCGUGUAUUACUGGCCUCGUUGUCAGGAAAGCGAUACAAAAGCCAAUAGAAGUUACUACUCCUAGAUUAGUAUACAAAUGGUUCUAUUUUAUCUACAAAUUAAGCUAUACCCUAGGCCUUAUAGGGUACUGUAUAAUGAUAGCAACAUUUUUUGGCUUAAACCUCGUCUUCGACGUCAAAACCCCCGUGUGGAUGGACUGUGGUUUGCUCUUUGUAUUCUACGGUCUAUACUUUGGCGUUCUCGGAAGAGACAUUGCAGAAAUCUGUGCCGACAAGAUGGCGUCACAUAUUGGGUACUACACCCCAGGCAGUAUGCCCACGAGAACGUUAGAAAGCGGAGUAUGUGCAGUUUGUGGGAAUAAAUUACUGGUCUCGGAGCACGAAGAAGGCGUCAUAGAGAACACGUACAAGCUGAGCUGUGAACAUGUGUUCCACGAAUUUUGCAUCCGGGGAUGGUGCAUCGUAGGGAAGAAGCAGACGUGCCCGUACUGCAAGGAGAAGGUCGACCUGAAGAAAAUGUUCCGAAACCCAUGGGAACGACCUCAUGUACUCUACGGCCAACUUCUGGAUUGGCUCCGGUGGUUAAUGGCGUGGCUGCCUUUAAUCCUAUUUCUAGUACAAGGUAUCAAUUGGGCCCUGGGCCUCAAGUAAGUAACGUUGCCUUGGCUCCUCCGGAGCCGCGUACGAGCUCGCGUUUCGAGUACAUGCGAGACCAUCCCCUCGGUGCCCAGUUGUUUCAUUCACGGGACCCUCUCACCUGGGCCAGGGGUCCGAUCUCAGGGCAAAAGUACUCGUUCGCCCCUCUUCGGGGCAAACAAUAAUGCUUCGUUAUUAAGGCUCGUGUCUACCGGCAGGUAAUUUGCACAUCUCUUGCUAAAGCUACUUGCCGAUACCCAAUUUUACAGAAAAAUUGUUGCAAGUCUCUUCAGCGAGUACUUGCAAGGUUCCUAAUUAAAGUAAUUUCCAUUAUUGUUUCCACUUAGACUACAAGCUUGCGGCAAUUUUGUUACGUUUGGGGAUAUUAUUCUAUAUUGAGAAUGUUAGCUGCUGUUUUAAUUAUUAAAAAAAUGAGAGAAAGAGUUUGUAAGAAAAUAAACACCUGUCUACGCUACCAACAAAUUAGCAGCAAAAUCGUCGCAAGUCCUUUUAUCGAGAGGCUCUUUGCUAAUGUAAUUUACAUUACUGCGUACACUUUUUAUUACAAACUUAUGGCAAUUUUAUUAUAGUUGAUGAUAUUUGGUAUUGAAAUCUGCUGUUGUAAUUAUAACAAAAGGAGAUUACAAAGGGAUGGGAAUGAGACAAGAGAAUGCUAAUUAUGUGUAAAGUCGCCCUGAGAAGUUUAGGUACGUUAUGUUAUAUUGGUAAUUAAUCAGAUGCUAUUUUGGCAAGUUUGAUCUGCCCGUUGACACGAGCCUUUACUGUAUUGUGAUAACGCGUUUUCAUUGGGUAUCCGUGAGAAGGAUUCGCAAAGAUCGUCACUUCCGCGCGUCCGUACUUCGGCCCGAUACAGUAAGACCUGAGUUCGGACAGACAAGUGCCUACUUUUAAGCGGACCCUUCUGACGUCUUACUGUAUCUAGUCAUCAGUGUUAUACCCACGUGCAUUGACACUUUUUACCUUCGACAUCUUCCGCAGACUUGUCAAUUGCCCUUAGCGCAUCCUCUUAUGUCUCGUUUCCCUGUGCGCGGAGAAGCACGUGGAUCGGGCAACGCGGAAUGUCUUGGAGAUAACCAGAUAACAAAUUGAUGCAAAAUUUGCAUGAAAUUUGCCUGAUAAAACGAUCAUGAAAUGAGCCGUCAUUUGGAACUCAUACCUGCAGGAUACAAUGACGAACGAAAAAUACUUAAAUAUAAAACAAAGUUAAGAACAUGCAACGUCUCAAUGUUUGUACGCACGUGUGCAGUUAAAUUUAUCUCACACAUUGUUGAUAAACAAUUGCAGCGCCAGUAGUUCAUAUUUUAGUCAUGGCGUAACAAAUUUAUCGCAAAUUUUUGGUCAAAUUUAUCCUGCAAUAUGCGUACAUAUGUUGUACACAUUUCAUGCAGUAAAUGGUCUGCAAAUUGUUUGUAAACCGAUUUUCCUCAUGUAAUGAUUAUGAAUUUCUAUCUGGGUAGCUCAUUCCGCGUUCCGCGUCGAUUCCGUAUGCUUUCCGCACGUAUGGAAAUGAGCUCUUACUCGCCAAACUCGCGUCCCUCUUAGUUUUGACCAUUCGCAACUCAUUUGCGAUUAACUGAUUCAUCACCUUAAGGGGAUGUGAAAGCGGCACCUGAAGAGUCAAUCGUUCAUAAAGCUUUUCUCCAAACCUCGGU